GAGAGAAACAAAUAUUUCCUUUUUAUCAAACUCUCAACGGCUAAUAAUUAUACGCAAAUCUAAACAAAAUAUGGAAAUCAAAUCUUUACUCGUUUUUUUCCUUUUUCGUACCGAUGAGCGAGAGUAAAAAAUAGUUCUAAUCUAUAAAUAUAUGAUUCCACUCUCUAAACCUAAUUCAUUAGUUUCACUCUCUAAAAUUUCUUUCAUUCUUCUUCGUGUUCGGGCUUUCUCUUCACUUUGAACGUGAGAAAAACAGAGAGAUUGUCUUCGAGAUCAACAUUAAGAUGGCUAUGCGAUCUUUACCUUCUUCCUCUUCUUCUUCAUCUUAUUCACUCGCUUCUACAAGUUUGAGUAAUAGACUUGAGACCAUCUUCAAGAAAGCUUCCGAGCUUUGCACUCUCUGUGAUAUUAAAGCCUGCGUCAUCUAUUACGGACCAGACGGAGAACUUAAGACAUGGCCUAAGGAGCGAGAGAAAGUGAGAGACAUUGCUCUUAGGUAUAGUCAAUUAAACGAAGCCUUGAGACGCAAGAAACGCGUUAAUCUUUAUGACUUCCUGAACAAGAAGAAGGAAAAGGGUUUGAAGAACCCGAAUAAGAAGAGGAAGACGAGUUUGAAGAAGGUGAAUGAAUUAAAGUAUCCGAUCUCUGAUCAUUACUCUCCUGACCAAAUCUCCAAACUGAUUCAGUCCUUAGAACUCAAUGUCUCUAAAGUCCAAGAAAGGCUUCGUUUUGUUGAGUCGCAGAAACACAAGGAGACAAAACCGGAUCAUCAGAGUUUAGCAUCAUCCUCUCUGAAUCAGCAGACCCAAUCUUUGAACCCUAGCCAGUUCUCGCUAUUUAUGUAUAACCAUGGAGAUAAUACUCUCUCUCAAAUCCCAGUCUCUGCAUCAAAUUUCAAUCAGGAUUUCUCAGCGUUACUUCAAGAAUCUGAGUUUAAGAACCCGUUAGUGAAGCAGGAGCUUUGUGGUUAUGAUCAGAACAUGUGCAUGAGUGGCAUUACCAACAACAGUUUCCAACAUCCUUGCGUCUCAAACAAAGAACAUUACUCGGCGGUACAAGAAUCUGUAAACAACUAUGAGUUAAAUCAGUUGCUGCAGAAGGAGUUUUAUGGUUGUGAUCAGAAACUAAUUAGUAACAUCAAUAGCAACAAUUUUCAACAUCCUUGCGUCUCAAACACACAACAUAACUCGGCGGUACAAGAAUCUGUGGAUAACUAUGGGUUGAUGCAGCAUGAACUUUAUGGUUUUGAUCAGAACUUGUGUUCGAGUGAUAUUACCCACAUCAACGUUCCAAAUCCUGGCCUCUCAAACACGGCCUCAUAUGAGUUAGGUUCUGAUUUUCAUGACUCUUGUGGUAACAUGGUCGGUAACACUAGCUUCUCUCAAGAUAUGUGUUCAAGCUAUGUUUAUAACUUUGAUGAGAGCAGUCUACUUCAGACAUCUACUCUACCAUAUCUCUCCACCGUUCCUAGCAGUUAUCUUCUAUCCGGGAACUCGAGUUGAAGCAAUUACCUCCUUCAAAGUCAAUGAUGAAGCUGUUUAAGCAUUAGUUUCUAUUUUUGAGUUUUGAAAAAACA